AUGGGCACCCUAUCUGAUUUCGGUCAAAUAGCUUUAAAAUGGGAUCCCAAAAAUUUAGAAAUCCGCACAAUGUCAGUAGAGAAAACCUUGGAGCCAUUAGUUUUGCAAGUAACAACGCUUGUGAACACUAAAGGGCCGAGCAAAAAGAAAAAAGGCAAAUCCAAGCGCGCAAGUGCUUUAGUGGCCGCUGUUGAGAAAGCAACAGAAAACUUUAUACAGAAAGGAGAGCAAAUUGCCUACGAGAACCCAGAUAUUACACAAGAAAUGCUUUCUGCCGUUGAUGAGGUGCGCAAAACUGGAGAUGCCAUGAGCAUUGCCGCAAGAGAAUUUUCCGAGGAUCCUUGCAGUUCCUUGAAGCGAGGGAACAUGGUUCGAGCUGCAAGAAAUUUGCUCUCGGCAGUUACACGCUUAUUAAUCUUAGCAGAUAUGGUGGAUGUUCAUUUGUUGCUUAAGUCGCUGCACAUUGUUGAAGAUGAUCUAAACAAACUUAAGAAUGCGUCCAGCCAGGACGAGCUUAUGAACAACAUGAGGCAAUUUGGUCGUAACGCUGGAGAGCUCAUCAAACAGGCAGCGAAGCGUCAACAGGAGCUUAAGGAUCCGCAAUUGCGAGAUGACUUGGCUGCUGCACGAGCAAUGCUCAAGAAGCAUUCGACCAUGCUUCUGACAGCAUCUAAAGUGUAUGUUCGUCAUCCGGAAUUGGAUCUAGCCAAAGUCAACAGAGAUUUUAUAUUGAAGCAAGUGUGCGAUGCGGUCAAUACCAUCAGCGACGUGGCUCAAGGCAAAUCAUCACAGCCCACGGAUGUUUACAGUGGUGCAGGAGAGCUUGCUGCGGCUUUGGAUGAUUUUGAUGAGGGCAUCGUAAUGGAUCCCAUGACUUAUAGCGAUAAGCGCUCACGUCAACUGCUUGAAGAACGUCUUGAGAGUAUUAUCAGCGCUGCUGCCCUGAUGGCCGACGCAGACUGUACAAGGGACGAGCGCAGGGAGAGAAUUGUAGCCGAAUGCAAUGCUGUCCGUCAAGCUCUACAAGAUCUCCUAUCUGAAUACAUGUCAAACAUGGGUCAAAAAGACAACAGCCCCGGUCUGGAUCGUGCUAUUGAUCAAAUGUGUCGUAAAACGAGAGAUUUGCGUAGGCAGUUGCGUAAAGCUGUCGUGGACCAUGUAUCGGAUUCAUUUUUAGAGACAACAACGCCUUUAAUUGAUCUAAUUGAAGCCGCUAAGUCUGGUAAUGAAAAACUAGUGCGGGAAAAGGCUGAGAUAUUUACAAAACAUGCUGAGAAAUUAGUUGAAGUUGCGAAUCUCGUGUGCAGCAUGUCGAAUAACGAAGACGGCGUUAAGAUGGUUCGAUAUGCGGCUGCCCAGAUCGAAAGUCUAUGCCCCCAAGUAAUAAAUGCAGCAUCAAUACUCACAGUUCGACCCAACUCAAAGGUUGCCCAAGAAAACAUGGCCGCCUAUCGGCAGGCAUGGGAGGUGCAAGUUCGAAUUUUAACAGAAGCUGUGGAUGACAUUACAACCAUAGACGACUUUUUGGCUGUCUCCGAAAAUCAUAUUCUUGAAGACGUAAACAAAUGCGUUAUGGCACUACAAGUUGGCGAUGCUAAAGAUCUACGCGGAACGGCUGGCUCUAUUCAAGGGCGAUCAUCACGCGUAUGCAACGUUGUUGAGGCUGAGAUGGACAACUACGAACCAUGUAUUUAUACAAAACGAGUUCUGGAAGCAGUUAAAGUUCUACGCGAACAAGUUAUGAUCAAGUUUGAACAGCGAGUUGAUGCUGCAGUCGAGGCCCUCUCGGCUAAUACCAACAAAAAUGUGGAUGAGAAUGACUUUAUUGAUGCUUCCCGAUUGGUAUACGAUGGUGUUCGUGAAAUUCGUCGUGCAGUGUUAAUGAACCGAAGCUCUGACGAUCUAGAUACUGACACAGAAUUUGAGCCUGUAGAAGACUUGACAUUGGAAACUCGUAGUCGAUCGAGCGCUCAUACUGGAGAUCAAACUGUUGACGAAUAUCCGGACAUUAGUGGAAUUUGUACUGCUAGAGAAGCGAUGCGUAAGAUGACGGAAGAGGAUAAGCAAAAAAUUGCCCAACAAGUUGAGUUGUUUCGCCGCGAAAAACUUACAUUUGAUUCAGAAGUCGCCAAGUGGGAUGACACUGGCAACGACAUUAUUUUCUUGGCAAAACAUAUGUGUAUGAUAAUGAUGGAAAUGACGGACUUCACAAGAGGCCGUGGCCCAUUAAAGACCACCAUGGAUGUUAUCAAUGCCGCCAAAAAAAUAUCUGAAGCUGGUACUAAACUGGAUAAGCUAACUCGUGAAAUAGCAGAGCAAUGCCCUGAGAGCAGCACUAAAAAAGAUUUAUUGGCGUACUUGCAACGCAUCGCUCUCUACUGUCAUCAAAUCCAGAUUACUUCUAAGGUCAAAGCGGAUGUUCAAAAUAUAAGUGGCGAAUUGAUCGUUUCUGGGCUGGAUAGCGCAACUUCUUUGAUUCAGGCCGCUAAGAAUCUGAUGAAUGCUGUUGUAUUGACCGUAAAAUAUUCUUACGUGGCUUCAACUAAAUACACAAGACAAGGCACUGUUACUUCUCCAAUCGUCGUUUGGAAAAUGAAGGCGCCAGAGAAAAAGCCAUUGGUGCGGCCUGAGAAGCCAGAAGAAGUUCGAGCUAAAGUUCGAAAGGGAUCCCAGAAGAAAGUUCAAAAUCCAAUUCAUGCUCUUUCUGAAUUCCAGAGUCCCGCUGAUGCUGUUUAAGGGAAUUAAAUCGAAUAUUAUAAUUUAAAGUAUUAUAUACCCACUUGAUACAAUUUUAUUAUAUAAAUGUACUUCUAAACGGUAAAAGUUUAAUGUUAUCAUCAAAGAUAUAUAUUUUACGAUUGCCCGUAAUAAAUAAUGAUAUAGUAA